AUGAUCGGAUCCGGAUGGAUCGCAAGAAGGUUGAGGCAAGCACUCCAGGGAGUCGCAGAACUGAGGUCAUUCCUCGGUCUAGCCAACUAUUAUAGGCGCUUCAUCAAAGAAUACUCGAAGAUGAUAGCACUUCCGACGAAUCUGUUGAGGAAGGAUAGACCGUGGCUGUGGGAUUAUGAGUGCGAGGAUGCAUUUAGGAUGCUGAAGAAAGCAAUUGCUUCUGCAUCAGUACUGCAACUUCCAGACUUCACGAAAGCCUUCGAAGUGUAUACUGAUGCAUUAGAUCAUGCGAUUGGGGGAGUGUUUAUGCAAGACAAGCACCCGAUUGCAUUUGAAACCAGAAAGCUGAAAGAGUGCGAGCAAAGAUAUAGCACGUACGAGAAAGAAAUGAUGGCUAUAAUCGCAGAGAAAGUUGACCCCAAAGCAAGCUAUUGGCAGGAGUUUCUGGCCGAGUUUGACUUUGAUUGGAUUUAUAAGCCAGGAAAGGAGAACGUGGUGGCCGAUACACUUAGCAGAAAGUAUGUCGAAGAGUACGUUGCUGCACUUAGUACUUAUGCUGUGUUUGUUGGUGCGCCGAAGGCGUGCCUGGCUGAUGUUGCCGCUGAAUUAUUUUUCAGACAUGUUAUGAGGUACUUCGGUUUAUCCAAAGACAUCAUAAGUGACAGGAAUACCAGAUUCACGGGCAUUACGCGACGACAAGUCAAAAAAUGGCUGGAGUUGCUGGAUGCUGCACAAUUUUGCUACAAUCUUCACAAGUCAUCCACAACUAAGUUGAGUCCGUUCGAGUUGGUGAAUGGACAACAACCUCUAACUCCGCAUGAAGUUGCUCUUCACGACUGGAGUUGUUGUCCAGUAGCGCACCGGUUUGCUCAUGCCAAGGAGGAACUUGAAGAUGAAACGAGAGAUAGUUUGCUGAUGGCACAGCAACGCAUGAAGAAGUACGCGGACCAACAGAGACGGGACUUGGAGUUCCACGUGAGAGAUCAAGUGAUAUUGAAACUGACUCCCCAGAUCUGGAAGAAAGUAAGCAGUAAGACAGUCCAUCGUGGAUUCAUUCCUAAGUAUGAUAGGCCGUUUGAAGUGAUCAAGAAGGUAGGUUGUGUAACUUACCGUUUGAAGCUGCCGGACAGACUUAAGAUCUACCCGAUCUUUCGUGUGAGCUUUCUGAAACCCUUCAACCAGGACGAGAUGGAUGACGGACGGAGGCAAGCAAAGUGUGCUCCGCUGGUGAUUCGUAAGCAAUUUCAAAAAGAUAUGGAGGCAGUACUGGAUUACAGAACGAUGGGGCAAAGUAAAAAGAAUAGGCGGAUAGAUUACUUGAUCUACUAG